GUGUUGACACCUUAUACAAUACGCCUUGAUUAAUUCUAUUCUUGCGUUUUCCAUCAUAUUCUUUCAGUUACUAAACUAAAUUUAUAGUAUUAUUAACUAAUAAAAGUGCCAAAAUUUAACAAAAAAUACAAGCAAAAGAAAAAAUUCCACACAACAACAAAACAACAAUAAUUUGUUUAUCAAACAAUAACAACAGCAGACAUUUGCAAAUUUCUUUUUUGAUUAAACGUGAAAAAGUAAACGGCAUCAAAGUGUUGAACUUACCGCAGCUAUAUUUGCAAGCCAAUUCAGGUUCUUCAAGAAGUCAAGCGACUAGCAAAAUGCCCGUGCAUGAAUUUAAAGUGGAAAUGACCUGCUCUGGUUGUUCCGGUGCUGUGGAAAGAGUAUUGGGCAAGCUAGGAGAUAAAGUUGAAAAAGUAAGUAUUGAUCUGGAUGAGAAAACUGUUUUGGUUACCUCGAAUCUAACAGGCGAAGAGCUGUUGGAAGUUAUUAAGAAGACUGGCAAAUCAGCACAAUAUGUGGGUGUGAAAGAAUGAAACGAAAUGUUUUGUAAAUUUCGCAAAAUAGCGAAAUUAAAAUUGGAAGUUUAAGAAUUAUUUUUUUUUCUUUUGAUUUAAAUUUAAAGUUAUUGAAACAGAUAUUUUAUAAUUAAUUUACA